AGCUGUAGGCUCAAGGGUAGGAAGCCGACACUUCUGGGGUCCAGGCACCCAGGCACCUUUGUUGGUCUACCGAUGGCGCCGAAGAAGAAGCCGGCAGCCAAAGCAGCCAAAGGUGCAAAGCCUGUGAUGAAGGCGCCUGCCAAGAAGCCAGCCAUCAAGAAGCCCGCAGCCAAGACAUCGAUGAAGGCAAAGGCCUCGAAGCCGAAAGAAGCACUUGUGGUGCCUGCCUCCCUGAAGGCACUUGAGGCUCGGGUGGUCAAUUUAGAACGCCGUCCUGAUAGGUGGAAGCGAGUGGCGACGAUGUUGAAAAAGGAGCUGCCCUGGCUACACUUCGAGCGGUUUCUGGCCUCCGAUGGCUCCAAGAUGACCAUUCCUGAGGAGGAGGUGACGGCGAAGUGGAACACCGCGCGGAAUGCGAACUUUGCCGACUUCUACGAGUGGGCCUUUGAGGAUGGCAGCACCUGGAUGUGGGCGGCCGAUGCGCCCGAGGAGGACGACCAGUGGAGGUUCACUGAAGACGGUGAUGGCUUCAGCUACGUCCGUGACGCUCCAAGCUUUCAUCAGAAGCCGGCUUUCACGGGGAGCUUGGAGAAGAAGUCCACCGGUGAGAAGUUCAAGGUCACACUUCGCUUUGCCCAGCAGUACCUGAAUCCUGGCGAGACUCAGCUGAUGUCCGGUGGGGAGCGAGGCUGUGCCCACUCCCACAGGCGCUUGUGGGAAUUCGCAUCCAAGCGUGCAGAGCCCACACUGGUGCUGGAGGAUGACGUCCACCUUGGCUUUGACCGCAACGGGGACAAGGGCAAGAUGAACGGCAAGGUCUUCACUAAGCGCCUGGCUGAAGCUAUCGCACGUGCGCCAGAGGAUUUUGAUGUCAUCUACCUGGGCUGGAGUGGCUGGAGAGGUGGCAACUUCAAGCUUUGGAAGGAGGAUGACAGCGGACUCUCAAAUGCUGAUCGAACAUUCAUUCAGAAGGCCGAAUAUGUUUGGACCACUGUGGCUUAUGUGAUCUCACAGGCCGGAGCUCAGAAGCUCUUGCAGCUGGCCACGCCCAUUGACCAACCGGUGGACAACUUCAUGGCCUGGCAGGCGAGCCAGGGGAACUUGAAGUCCUUCGUGGCGCUGGAUGAAGGUGAUGAGGACUCCACCUGGGCCGGUGGCAUCGUCGACCAGUUUGACUUCCAGGGUGAUUCGGACAUCAAGAAGUCGGACGGAGGCCACCAAGGAGACGAUGCCAAAGACUUCGCCGCCUGAGGGCGGGCUCGACAGCCGAUCUGAAGGGCGACGCGCCUGCGGAGACGCGGCCGAAGCGAAGGAGGCCUCGGUGGUUUGGGGAGUCGCCGGGCGACGCGCUUGGCUUCGUAGGGGCUUUGACUCCGUAGCUGGGAGUGCUAUAGAUGGGAGCGUUCGAACGGGGGGCCCACUGAAGUAUUUGAGGGAAAGGAGUCUUUUGGUUUGACCGAUGGACUUCUUCCGAAAGGGUGGAAGAGCUCAAGCCUUCGGUUUUGAAACGUUGGACACUGGGAGUCUUUAGACCCACAAGUCUCAGAUUCCAAACAGAGUGAGCA